AGGGAAUGCAUAGAAAUUCUGGGUAAAACUUCAGCAAGUCUUAAAGCCGAGGUGGAGAAGAAAACCGGGGAUCCCAGUCGCUUUCCGGAAGACAUUGAAAGCUUGGUUGAUAUAAAGGGAAUUUUCAAAAUACAGCUCAGGAAGAAGAAAGGUGAGGAAAAUGCCUAUAAUGAUGGGAUUUCUCUAGGGGUAGUCAGCAUCAUAAGAGAUCCUAAUGUUAUCUCAAUGUAUGAGAAGAAAGAGCACUUGGAAACUAAUGAAAUUGAUGAGAGUACACCAGAAAAGAUUGGUUCAAAUGCAAAUUUAGGAGAAACCUCCAUCAGAGAAAAAUCAACUGUCAGUAAGGGCAAGGGGAAACGAAUUUCGGC